ACUCACACUCACAGAAGUCAGAAAAACACUCAGCUCAGCUAGCGGCUCCGAGUCCGACUGGUAGCUGCUGGCCUAAUACUAUUCUAGAGACUCCUCAGUUCAACUCACUCAAGAACUGGAUCUCUCGUCAGGAAGAGGAAGAGCUAAUCUAGAUUCAACAAGAGCUUGAACGUUAAUCUGUCUUGCAGCGGCAGCUACAGGCCAGGAGGCCGCCAUCUUGACUCAUCUACUGUGAAAUUCAAUGGAAACACUACGAGCUAUUUCUUAAUUUCGAAGAUUAUCAACUUAUUCUAACCCUUGUGAAGGUUGCUGUGGCGGUCAGUUCAUAUUCAACUAGCCAUGGCAACCCCGUCUGGUGGUAAAUUUCGCCCGAAACGAUCUCACUACUCGCGUAAACCAUACGAACGUCCAAAACCGAAGUCUCUUUUAGCUCGCGUCUCGGAUUCAGUCAAGGACUUCAUCACACCAUCCUGGCUGAAUAAUCUCUGGAACAAUCCCAAUGACGAUGAUGGGGAAGGCAGCUCGCGUUCCUCGACCCCAGAGCUGCCCGCCCAGCCAGACGGACCAGCCUCAGGCACCCCGAACUUCAUGCCUUCUGCGGUGGCAACAAGCACCCCAGACAUCAAUCUCAAUCUUCGAACUGGUAAAGAGGCUCUAAGCGAACCUGGGCCACCUAGUAUGGAGACCACUCCCAUAGUGCAAUUUGAAGAGGAUGUUGUAAAGGACGGCGGUAGAACUGUCAGGAAUGAGGACGAUGAUGUGGUCAUUAUUGAAGAGGAGCAACCCAGUACCAGUACAGGAAUCAGACAUACUCCCCUGCCGUUCAGGAACUAUGCGAAUCCUAUAGGUACGUCAACACCGAACGACGACAUGCAGUUGUUGGGCGGAAGGAAGCAAGCCGUUGACAAAGACGAUGCUUCUGAUACAUCAGUGUCGACGAGUGGCUGCUCUUCCCUGGUACCCCACGUAGACAGGGUCGAUCACAAGGAGAAGUUAUCCAAGAAGAAUCUGGAUCGGUUAUCAGAAAUGGGGCAUUCCAACUCUCUUGCCAAAAGCAGUCUCUGGACGGAUCUGUCCAGUGCCGGCCCCUCUUCUGCUGGUGCUGCCGGCCUGUCAUCGUCGAGGCCUCAGCCAUCCAUAAGCAGUGCCAAGAGGCCAUCCUUCAAUAGCUCAUACUUCGGCUCUCCCAAACUGCUUGGGGAACCCAGGCCAAAGCACGCCUCUCCGUUCUAUCCAGGGAGGACACAGUUUGGAGGAUCUUCGGCGCAGCGUACUGCCCUCAAGAGGCCCAGAGAUUCGCCAUAUGAGGUGCACUUACCAGUCAAGAGGAAUAUCCGGCCCAAGCCAGCCCAGUCGAGCCUGCAGGAUAGCUUGGGAGCAACCAGCUCAACGGCUAAGAAGAUCCUGGAUACCUUGGAAAGGAUGUCCACACCGCUCCUAGAUGCCAAGAAGAUCCCUCUCUCUCCAACCGCUUCACCUUACUCCUUUAGGCCGACAAGCCGACUCUCGGGUCGGCCCGGAACCUCACGGGUGAACACUCCACCCACAGCCGGUCUUCGUGUUGCUCAUCAGGCAAGCAUUAAAGCCAACAGGCAACCUCCCGUUUCCACGGCUACCACGGUGAUUGAUCUCGAGAAAGAGGAAAGGGUAUCAGCUCCAUCAAGUGAUGAGGUCCUACCAAUGAGUACAGGUGCUCCGACGAUAAGCACAGCGCCGUCAUUCCGAUUUGGAGCACCCAUCACCUCUUCAACUCCAGCUGAACCUCUUUCAGCCAGGGAGAAGUCUGGGGGCAAAAUGAAAUCGAAGAGUAGGGGUGCAGGGCAUUAUUCAGCACAGAAAGCUGACCAAGAAGUGUGUGAGAUUCCAGAUUUACCCGCGAUACCACUACCCCUAACCAAGGGACUCCCAUCAUUCAGCUUCGGUUCAAACUUAUACUCCUCAACCUCAUCGUCGACCUCCAAACCUUCGACGUCAUCAUCUACAUCCAUCUCUGCUGCCUCUACAAAGGACAGUAAUCUUGUUAGUAAUAGAAAAAAUGUUUCAAGUAAAAGCAGCAUAUCCGCAACCCCCGCCCAAUCAUCAACAGUGCCAUCGUUCAAAUUUGCUGCUCCAACGUCGACAUCGGCAGUGACGUCGAUCUCGGAGGGUCCCCAGUUCACCUUCGCAUCUCCCAUCAUUAAGCAAACCGGCAGCAGUUCCACUUCGUCCUCAACGAAUAGUUCUUCCACCGCGACCACCUUCAAAUUUAGUAUGCCCCGCCAGACCCCUUACUCGACAUCCAGGCCCUCGACCAGCGCCCCCGUUGGCGGAAAGAAACCAAGUUUUGAAACCCCCGAGAGGACCAGGAGGAAAGGGGAAGACGAAGAUGAUGUUGUUGAGAUCAAAGACGACGAGGUGGAAGAGCAACAGGGUGGGAUCAAGGUGGCAAAGGAGCUCAAGACGGGAAGCUGUCUGGAAGUCUUUGGUAUUAAACCCACCAAGAAUGGUCCCAUUCCAUCAUCAAGUUCAAAAGUGCAAGAACGUUCUGCCAAGGAAUCCAAAACAAAGAUGGACAAUGGUCCCGUAACGAGAAUCCUCGGUCAAAACUCUGGUGCAAGCAAUAUUCAGAAUGACAAGACACUUUCUAUCAUUAACAAGUUCAAGCCUCCGGCGUCGUCAUGGGAAUGUGACACGUGUUUAAUACAAAACAAGGAGGAUGCGAGCCAGUGUGUAGCGUGUGCGACGCCAAAGCCUGGACAGAAGGCGACAAAAUCGUCAACGUCGUCUACCCCUUUUGGAGCGAAGCCCAAUGCAAUCAUAAACAAGUUCAAGCCAUCUGCAAACUCUGUGGAAUGUGAUACGUACUCGAUACAAAACGAUGGUAAUGUUAGUGGAAGUGUUGGGGGUAUGGCAACGAAGCCGGGACAAAGCGCCUCAAAACCUGCAGCUUCAAUAGUAUCGGACUCCAAGCCUCCAGUCGUCAAUAGCCUGGCCGAGAAAUUUAAGAAGAAAGCAGAUGAAUGGGACUGCGAUACGUGCAUGAUCCGGAAUAAAGAGAAUGCCGAUGCGUGUGUGGCAUGUUCGGCUCCCAGGCCUGGCAAGUCAAAAGGUGGGGAGGCCACAAAGACGCUACCAAAGGAACAUGCAAUGAAUAAUACGAUAGCAGAGAAGUUCAAAGCAAAGCCAGGGGAAUGGGAGUGUGACACAUGCAUGAUCAGGAAUAAAGCAACGAUACUCAAGUGUAUGGCGUGUGAGACUCCAAAGCCGGGGAGUCAGCCGACCUUGAGUGCACCCCCAGCUUCAUCAUUCAAGUUUGGUAGUACACCUUUAAGCAAUGGAGACGCAACUGGUGCCUUUAAGUUUGGUAAUUCCACAACCACGGACUUGUUAAACUCAAACACGAAUGCCAGCAGCGGGGGGUUCAAACUCCCUGCUGGUCUUAGCCUAGGGCAGAGUAUAAAGCCCGCUGCCAGCACGGACAUAAGCGCAGUAACAACUUCCUCAUCAGGGGGUGGCUUUAAAUUACCAACAAACUUUUCUCUGUCCAAAACACUUAGCAACUCAUCAGCAACAGACGCGAAGGCCCUGUCAGAUGUCAAAAGCGUUGAAUCGUCAUUGCUAAGUCAAACAAAGACGGAGCAAAAACUAGAAGUUAAAGUGCCCACGGGGAUGAAAUUCGGAGCUAGCUCAUCGGAGUCGAGCUCCGCGGGCAGUGGGCUCAAAUUAACUACUGGUUCCUCCACAGGAGGGUUCAAGUUUGGACAGAAUGAUGCUAGCACUGAUAGUUCAAGUAGUAUAGGAGGUGGAUUCAAAUUUGGACAAAGCCCUGCCACUGCGGGGCAGACGCUAUUAGAGAAAGAUGGCCCUCCCCCAAAUGUGAACAUUUUCCAAACGAACGAAACAAAAGUGGACGGCCCGACGGCACAGAAGGGAUUUAGUUUCGGUGCUGCGACCUCCACCAGUGCGGGAACCACUGAGAAAAAGACAGAAGGUGCAUCCACAGUGGCACCCGCUUUCACAUUUGGUAGCAGUUCCUCAACCAAACAAACAACCUUGAAACCUGAGGCCCCUGCAUUUGGUGCUGGUUCAGUGACCUUCGGUGGCGCCGCCAAACCAACAGACUCUUCUGAUAAACCAGCUGAGAGUAAACCCACAUUUACCUUUGGCAGCACUGCAGCUCCGGCUGCAAGUUCCUCGGCACCAACAAGCGCUUCCACAACACCAAGUUUCAACUUUGGUGGCAGCAGUGCGAGCAAGCCAGUUGCAUCAAACGCAUUGAAUACGGAAAGUAAACCAGCAUUCAUGUUUGGUAGUUCCACCCCUUCCCAAACUGCUGGUCCUGCAUUUGGAGCCAAGACCCAAGAGCCUGCCGCUACAUCUGCUAGUACCUUCACCUUUGGACAAACCUCUGCUGCAGCACCAGAGAAAACAGCUUCGGCACCAUCCUUCAACUUUGGAGCCUCAGCAGCAAAGGCCAAGGAGGAACCAGCGAAAAAAGCGUUCACAUUCGGAAGUCAGAACCAGAACAAUAACCAAGGUGGAUCGGGAUUCAACUUUGGAACGUCUGCUGCUUCCUCUGCUCCGCAAACCCAGACGACGCCAUCCUUUAACUUUGGAGCUGGCAACAAGGCUCCUGCAGCACCUUCAUCGGGUGGUUUCAGCUUCGGGAAUGCCCCAAAUUCGAAUUCUACUUCUACAGGGUCAUCAUCAGCAAGUGGAUUUGGUGGAUUCGGUAGCAACAGGAGUAGCACCAACCCGUCUCCUGCGUUUGGCGCCCCGCCCACUGCUUCCCAGCCCCCGUCAUCCUUCACCUUUGGUUCCAACGCCCCCACUACCAGCGCCAACAGCAACCCCUUCGGUGGCAGCAGCACCACAGCCAAUGCCACGCCCUUCGGUGGCCAAGCUGCCAACCCCACCUUCGGAUCCGCCAACGCACAAUCGCAGGGGUUCGGAGCCACGCCCACCCAGGUGUCGAUAUUUGGUAGCGGUACCAACGCAACAAGCAGCAACAAUGCCUUCGGAAGUGGACUCGGGGCAUCGACUACAGGCGCUCCGGCAUUUGGUGCCUCCACCAAUGCAGCGCCAGCAUUCGGCAACAAGCCAGCACCGGCAUUCGGGAGUGGGACUGCAAAUGCUACAUCAGGUGGGUUUUCUUUCGGCAAAUCGACAACGCCCUCCUUCAAUUUUGCUGCCACGAACAACGCUACCCCAUCAGGGCCGACUGCCGGAGGUUUCCAGUUCACCGGAAAUCAGUCCAAUCAGGCCCCGCAAGUUGCCCCGGCAGCCACCCCUCAGCCAGCAGGGGGCUUUAACUUCGCCGGCGCAAGGCCGCAGUCGUCCUUCAACUUCAGUGGCAACACCCCACAACCUGGUACAACUGCAUUUCAGUUCAACGCAACUACUGGAUCGAGCGACAACCCGUUCAAUGCUUCCGCAACACCAGGGAAUCCUACAUCGACCAGGAAGAUCAAGAAGGCUGUUCGUCGGACGGCCAAGAGAUGAGAAACGCUCGCUAAGUCGCUCCCCUUUCCCUCCCGACCCUUUGUUUGUUUUCUACCCUCGUGUCUGCCUUCGUGUCUGACUAAUCGUAUAGCUGCUGAAGGUCAACGCACUCUGCUGGCAAUCAUCCGUAUCGUCGCGUCAAAGCAAUCGUUUGAAAUCUUUAAAGGACAGUAUCGGAGGUGUUUGGGUUGCAUUCCUGGUGUUCGGGUUGCAUUCAUGUAGAGCGUGUUUUCAAUGCAUAUCCUUGUCACUCUAUUCAAUAGGUUAUUUUCCGGUAGGGUGCUGGUGUCGGUGUUCUGAGCAUUCAUCGGGUUGUCUAUGGAGUGAGGAUUUACCGAGGCACACUGUUGAUAACUCAACACCCAAAGAAGGUGUCGAUGUUGGUGCUGGUGUUAGUAUCCAGAGUGUAAAUCAGGCUGCCUUUUUAAUUAAACUGUUAACCAAUCGCGUCAAUAAAUCAACACCCAAGUAGGGUGUUGUUUGCACAUUGUAAACUGGGCUGUAAUGGGAAUAUGUGUUCACCAAUCAUAUUGUUGAUAACUCUACACUGAAAGUGAUACCAUAAUCGGCUUAAAAAAACCAAACCACCCAGUCACUUAAUACUGACAUCUAAGUGCUCUGGAUUAUACAAAAUGUCUUUAUACUUUGAAGAAAUUCAAAAGUAUCUUUGAUAUGAACGUGCAAAAGAUCGCUUUAGGACAAGAAGAAUAGCCUGUGGUAUCAUUAGGUAGACUUCAUGGCCAGGUCCGUGACUGCUUACUCCAAUUAAAAAAAAAGCUAAAUUCAAGGUAAACUUCAUUUUCACCUCCCCCCUCAGGCAAAAAUCGUUUAAUAAAUCUAGCUAUUAUUAUUAAUGUUAAUCCUCACAUUCUGAACCAAAAUCACACUUGACACCCCCCCCCCCCCCUGAUUCAUCUGGUUGGGCUGCUCACAUUUAAAAAAUUGUUUUGGGCCUUUUACCUUUCUCAAGUUGUUAUCCAUCAUGUCUUAAGUGUACCAGUUGAUGAUAUGCCUUGUGAUAUGCUUUGUACUUCUCUCUGAAUUACAAUUUAGGAGUUAUUCAGAUAAAACCGAAUGGAUUAAAAAUUGUCCCAAUCUUUGUAGGAUGUGUAUUAGACCACUCAACUGAAACGAGAUAAGUGGUCAUUAUGGCAGGUUCCUUUUGUUUAGUUUACCAAUUGGAAUUGUAUUCAAAGAAACAUGAAAUCACAGUUUUUAUCGACAAAUUUUGCUUGCUCAUACUUCAAUAAGAAUGGACAAAAAAAAUUAUGAGCACAUCUUUGACAUGUAGUUGCUCCUGCUUCCUUAAAUAGAGGAAUGUCAUAAAGCAAUGACUUAAUCUGUACAACUAAGCCACAAUCAUAAUUUUUCUAUGAAUAUGUAAUAAUCCUAUGUCUCUUGUCAUGUGCUGAUACACAAAAUGAGUCUCGCAUCAGUAGAUCAUCUACGAAUUCAUUGAGUAAAUUCAUGUGCACUUCGGCUACAACGCCAGCUCACAGUAGCAAAAGGCGAAGGGAAAAAUGUGAAAAACCAUGAUGAUGUCCUCAAGCAUUGUGAGAAAUGAUCGGGUUGAUGUUGGCAUUGGAGUGGGUCAAGAAUCAAGAAUGUCCAAUAACGAGUUGUAAAUAUUAUGUAAUUUCAAGGCGUGAAUGUAAAUUUCUUGAUAGCGCUCGGAUGGACUCGGUAUGAAUAGUAUAAGAAUUUGCCAAAUAGUUGUACAGGAUGUUUGUUAGUACUGUGUAGAGAAAUUUUUUAUUAGUAUUAUUUUAUUAGUAUUUUUAUUGGUAUUAUUCGGAUUUUAUAUUUUAUUGUUAAUUUGUUGGAGGGGGCGAGGUUCGAUACCUUGUUUGGGACAAAACUCUGUAAAGAUAGUGCAUUAUGCAGGCCACUGUUAUGUCGCUGGGAAAAAGAACGGGAAUCCUUUUUUAAACUCCUGCUUUUGUCCUGCUUUAGUCGCAUAUCCAUGAUCACUAUGUUCUUUUACCUUGUGACAUGUGUCUAAUCGUUUUGGUUUCAUGAAUAAUAUGUGUGAUCCCUCAGGCAAGCCAUUUCAUUCUGUAUUGCUGUUCUCCAUCUAGCAGCGAGAAAUGGGUCCCAGAUGAUUUAGAAAGAUUUACACGCACCUGCGCAAGGUGGUGUUAGGUUGUUACCGCGAAUACUCCCCAGGGAGUGGGAUAUGUACACUAGGCAUAUUAUCCCACAGCCUGAAGUGGUUUCAAAGAUUUCAAAAGAUUUGCAUGCAUUGUGCUCAAGUUGGAGUUGGGUUACCAGCUCGAAUACUCCCCGGGAAGUGGGAUAUGACACUAGGCUGAGUAUCCCGUAGCAUGAAGUAGUUGCACAGAUGAUUGCAAAAGAUUUGUAUGCAUGUGCUCAAGGUGGAGUUGGUUACCAGCUCGAAUAUACUCCCCAGGGAGUGGGAUAUGACACUAGGCUGAGUAUCCCGUAGCAUGAAGCAGUUGCACAGAUGAUUGCAAAAGAUUUGUAUGCAUGUGCUCAAGGUGGAGUUGGGUUACCAGCUCAAAUACUCCCCAGGAAGUGGAAUGUGUACACUAGGCAUAUUAUCCCACAGCCUGAAGUGGUUUCAAAGAUGAUUUCGAAAGAUUUGCAUGCAUAAUGCUCAAGUUGGAGUUGGGUUACCAGCUCAAAUACUCCCCGGGAAGUGGGAUAUGACACUAGGCUGAGUAUCCCGUAGCAUGAAGUGGUUGUACAGAUGAUUGCAGAAGAUUUGUAUGCAUAUGCUCAUGGUGGAGUUGGGUUACCAGCUCGAAUAUACUCCCCAGGGAGUGGGAUAUGUACACUUGGCAUAUUAUCCCACAGCCUGAAGUGGUUUCAAAGAUGAUUUCGAAAGAUUUGCAUGCUUAAUGCUCAAGGUGGAGUUGGGUUACCAGCUCAAAUAUACUCCCCAGGAAGUGGGAUAUGACACUAGGCUGAGUAUCCCGUAGCAUGAAGUGGUUGCACAGAUGAUUGCAAAAGAUUUGUAUACAUAUGCUCAAGGUCGAGUUGGGUUACCAGCUCGAAUAUACUCCCCAGGAAGUGGGAGAUGACACUUGGCAUAUUAUCCCACAGCGUGCAGUGGUUUCAAAGAUGAUUUGGAAAAGGUUUGCAUGCAUUGUGCUCAAGGUGGAGUUGGGUGACUCGCUCAAAUACUCCCCAGGGAGCGGGAUGUGUACACUAUACAUAGCAUGCCAUUUUUGGGGGGCUUGGUAUCAUUCCAUAUUUUGCCACUCUCCACCCAGAAGGUCAGUGAAGUUAUACCUUGAAAAAUCUGUCUAGCGUACAUGCAUUAUCAUUGUGUGCACCUUUGCGGGCACGCAAGAUUCUGAUUCGGAUGCCCUUGGUAAUGAUAUAUCUGCAAAUCACAGAGACCUCUUCUGAGUAUUGAACCAUAUAUAUUAACCGAAUAUUUUGUAAAUAGCGGUAUUCAAUCAUAAAUAUGUUGAGAAAUUGUUGUCAUUCCAUAACCUUUAUAUUUUUGAUGGCCUUCAUCACAAUGCAUCGCGAAAUCAAUAUUAUUUUUAAAAAUUCUGGUCAUCCAAGUGCUAUUUUCUUCCUCCUCUUCAUGGGCAUUACGUCAAUUCAUAUAUUCUUCAGGGCUAGCACUAUUACCCAAGGCAAUGAUGGCAAUUGGUUUGGUUGCCCACCUAAACUGCCUAACCCUUAACAUUCCCCUUUACCCAACCGGAUUCAAAAACGACCUUUUUUUAAUUGCCUUUCUAUCCUGAAGGCUACAUGUUUCAAACUUCAAACUGAACAAAUUUCUGCAUUGCAGAUGCACCCUUGAAGCAGUGCCAGCCCUUGCGUGCUAUAUGUCUUCAAAGGAAACUCAUAUCGAUUUUCAAACCUGUGUAAACACGGCAUUACCUGGUGAGCGUUUCAUGAUUGUGCUUUGCAAUUUUAAAAGUUUGUGUGAGCUUUCCUAAAUUACUAGCUUCAUGUAUGAUUUGAAACCUACAUUAUGCCAAAUCAAGGAUCUUAAAGUGAUUGGUUAACAUUGGUUUGACUUUUAAAAAAUCUGAGCCAGAAGGUCACACUUGUUACCUGUGUCUGUGAUAUGUUACAAAAAUGAAGCCCAGAAAAAAUUGCAUUCGAAAAUAAUUAUUUAGUGCUCAAAAAAUUGAAAUAUAAAGUGACCGAAAACACCAUCUUAAUUUCAUCCCAUACACUUAUUUACAAAAUCGGGGUUUGCCUUGUAGUUUUAGCUUUCCAUUCUCAAUAAUGGUUGUUUUCAGGGUUUAUUAGUUCUAAUACAUGCACUUGUACACAUGUUUCAUCUUGGUUUGAGAAUUUUUUAAAUCGGCUGCUCACAAAGUUAAACAAUACCUUUAAUAUUCUAUAUUUUUCCCCAUCAGGGUAUUCAACUUGAUUCUCCCCCGCCCCUUCCCCUUUCCAGCCGUAUUUUUGGUCACUGGUUAAGUUUAUUUUUCUGUUCUAAAAUGUUUCAAGCAAAAGUGCAGAUUUUUUAUUUAAUUUCUGAUACAAUAGAUAGACUACUAGUACAUGUAUUUUCUUGAAGAUUUUCCAUGCCACAUGGUCACAAGUCUUUUUUUAUUUUCAGAGUAUCAAAGUUUUGGAUAAAUCAUAGAGGUCUAGGAUAUAUUUGUCAUACAUGUUUAUUCAUGCUACAGUGAAAGCGACUCCAGACCGGUCAAAGCUAUUAUGUUAUUUCCAAUUACAUACCAUCGGUCGGAUUGGUUUGGUAGCAUUAGUUAGUUUCUUUUUGUAUUGUACAAACUAUUCAAGGAAUGUCAAGAAUUAGUGUACGAAGUUAGUAAAGCAUUUCUGCGACACAGAAACAUUAAUCUCUGAAAGUGGAAACAUGCCGAAUGCCUGUAGCAGUGUUCCCCCUGUUAUGUUGUACGUUGUGUUAUGUUGCGUUAACAUGUAUGUGAUGAUCAUAGAGUAAAGCGUUAAAUCUACUACCAGUGUGUGCAAAGACUGGCUUAGACCAGGCCUAAACUUUGACAUUUAAGUGUGGAGAGGUCACACGUUUAAUAUAUUUGAAUUUUCAUUUUAUUUUCAUCUUUCUUCGGUUCCACUGUUAUGCAGUUAAAGUGACUUUUUCCCUAAAUGUCUAUAUUGUUCUAUAUUUUAUGUAUUGGUUAUGUUCUAAUAAUGUUCAACUGUGGUCGUGAUUUGUCUGGGGAGCAGAUUAUGCCAAAAGAAAAGUUUUUUUAUUAUUUUAUGAAAAACUUAUGUUCACUAUCUUUUGUUCUUUUUUGGAUAUGAAAAAUAUAAUAGAUAGGCGUAAUAGUUGCAAAAGUUUAAAGAAAAGCAGUUCGGAAAAUGAUCAAGUCAGCUAAAUUAUUUUUGUAUUUAAUGUCUGAUGAAUGCUUGGAGAAGCCUAAAACAGUUUGAUUAUUCAUAUUAAUGAAGAAAAAAAAUUGUACAUAGAUUUAUAUAUCUAGUGUCCAUGUAUCGGCACGCCUGUACAUAGCGCACUCUGCAUCCUACUUUGAGCCAUUUCAAAUUUUAUUGAAGGUAAAAUUACUUCUAUAAUGUACUUAUAAACAGAAUUUUGGUUAACAUUUUUUUAUGAGAAUUAUGAAAUGAGUGAGAGCUGUAUAUCAUAGUAUGUGAGUGCAAAAUGAGAUAUGUAAACUUUGAGAAGUGUCGAGAAAAAUUCUAUAGUGUAUCAGUAUGCAACCGAAAAAUGUAAUUCUGCAAGACCUUUGAUGUGUGUCUAUGAAUUUCUGCUUUCAACAGGAUAGGAAAUGGUUCAAAAACUAUUGAUUCAGUUGUAUUAAAUUGUGUAAUUAACUUGUAUGAUUGACCAGUUAUGAUUGAGAGGGGAAAAAAAUGAAUGAUUUGUAAUUUUUCUUUUCCAUGGAUUGUAUGUAAAUGUAUAUUUGUACUGGCUGCACCAAGUGAUACGUCUUCUGGGGGAUGGUAUGCGUUUUCUUUAUAAAAGUUGAUGAGUACUUGGAAAUGUGGAGCAAUUUACAGAAUGAUAUUACGAGAGGCAUAAAAUAAAGCCUUCGAUUCUUGGAUGUGUGAAUGAAUAUGACAUUGAGACCGAUCAUCUAUCCAAUUUUCACUGUGUGGAGUUGUACGAAUGGUAUGAUCCGGUGUACGUGUGUGGAAAAAAAAAUAAUCAGAAUGUAUUACUUAAUACCAUACUUGAUUAGUAUCGCUCAGAAGACGGGCUUUGGUGCAGAACAAGAAGAAUAGAAAAAGGAUUUUUGAAUUUUUUUUGUGUUUAAAUCUGUAUGGGACAUUCAUAAAAUUGGAUCGUUGAUGAAUAAAAAAAAACUGGGAAGAUCCAGCAACGGUGAUGAAUAAAAAGAAAAAUCAUUUAUGUUCACUUAUACAACAAAUGAAACCAAA